AUGCUCUGCUUGUCUCGGGCCCUAAUCAGAUCGGCCAUCGUUGCCGCAUACCUGCUUCCCAAAGUUAGCGCAGCUCAGCGGAACCUCAUCAUCGACACUGAUAUCUACAGUGAUUGCGAUGAUACUGGGGCCCUUCUACUAGCGGCAGCCUCAUCAGACGUCAACAUCCUCGGCGUCAACAUCAACGCCCAAUCGUCCUACUCCUCGCUCGCAGCCUCAGCAAUCCUUGCCCACUACGGCCACCCUGCGGUCCCAAUUGGCGCGCGCAGGCCCCUGACCAACGAGUCCUUCUUCGACGCCUUCUACUACUCCCUCGGCGAGUUCACCAGCAAGGUCGCCUACCACUACCCGGGCGGCACCCUCACCUGGGGCCGCGCCGAGGACGCCCUGGACCCAGUCAAGCUGUACCGCCAGCUCCUCGCCUCGGCCGACGACGGCAGCGUGACCAUCGCCUCGAUCGGCUUUCUGGCGAACCUGUCUGGCCUGCUCAACGCCACCUCGCCCGACGAGUACUCGUCCUUGUCCGGGGAGGAGCUGCUCCGCGCCAAGGUUUCCGAGUUGGUCAUUAUGGGCGGCAGCUACCCGUCGGGCCGCGAGUUCAACUUCUUCGGCGACGACCCGGCCCACACGGCCCACGUCGUCAACAGCCUCUCCGCGCCGGGCAGCCCAAAGGUGGUCUACUCCGGCUCCGCGGUCGGCGAGAACGUCAUGUCCGGCAUGCCGCUGAUGGAGAAGGGGCCGGCGUCGGAUCCCGUGCGCGCGGCAUACUCGUACUACACGCACCGCCUCACCGCCCGAAUGUCGUGGGAUCCCCUGACCAUGAUGUACGCCAUACACGGGCUGGGCGAUCUGUUUGAGUUUGCCAACGACGAUGGUGGCUAUAACCGCGUCAAUGCCACUGAUGGCUCCAACGAGUGGGUAGACGACGCGUCGGUGACGAACCAGCGCUGGCUGAAGCUCAAGGUCAGUAACGAGACGGCCGCGGCGGAGCUUGAUCGGCUGUAUCUGGAGGGUGCUAUACGGUUUGCUGGGAAUGAUUCGUCGACAGCGCCUCUUACGCGCCGUAGCAGGUUGGAUCUGUGA